GCUUUUUUGGAAAUUAUGAGACAGGUGACUGUCACUGAGGCAGAGAGGUGUGUUUUAAGAGGAAGGGAGAAGACAGAAGGUUGCUGGAACAGGUCGUACAGACAUACAAUGGCUGUCCACAGAGCGAUUUGUGUGUUUGCUGUGCUGAUUCUCCUGAUACCAGAGUCAAUGUCACAGCUAUCUGUCUGCGGUCGGCCAGCGCUCAACACCAGGAUAGUUGGAGGACAGGCGGCCCCUGAAGGCAGCUGGCCCUGGCAGGCUGAUCUGCACAGAAAUGGAGGUCACUUCUGUGGAGGAUCCCUCAUUAACAAUCAAUGGGUGAUGAGCGCUGCUCACUGCUUCCCAAGUUCCUCUACAAGGAACCUGGUUGUGUAUCUGGGUCGUCAGAGUCAAGAGGGAUCCAACCCCAACGAGGUGUCUCGGACGGUAACACAGAUUAUCAAUCAUCCCAGCUACAACAGCGCAACCAGUGACAACGACAUCACCCUACUGCAACUCUCCUCACCGGUGACUUUCACCAACUACAUUUCACCUGUCUGCCUGGCAGCCACAGACAGCACCUUCUUCGCCGGAGUCAACAGCUGGGUCACCGGGUGGGGCAAUAUUGGAAGUGGAGUUCCCCUUCCUUCCCCACAAAACCUAAUGGAGGUGAACGUGCCAAUUGUGGGAAACAGACAGUGUCGCUGCAACUAUGGAGUGGGCUCCAUCACUGACAACAUGGUGUGUGCUGGGUUACGUGAAGGAGGAAGGGACUCCUGCCAGGGAGAUUCUGGAGGUCCACUUGUGAUCAAGCAGAACAAUCGCUGGAUUCAGGCAGGAGUUGUGAGUUUUGGAAGAGGUUGUGCUGAGCCUAACUUCCCAGGAGUCUACACCAGAGUGUCCCAGUACAACUCAUGGAUUAACAGCCAAAUCAGCAGCAACCAGCCGGGCUUCAUCUCCUUCAGAUCCACUGGGACAAACAGUGACCUGAGUGUCAACUGUCCAGGCCUGCCGCCUCCUCCAACCCCCACACCAAUACCGGUGGUCUGUGGAGAAGCCCGCUUGAAUUCUCGUAUUGUUGGCGGAAGCUCGGUGGCAACAGCUGGCGUGUGGCCAUGGAUGGCUAGUUUACAGAAGAAUGGGAGUCAUGUGUGUGGUGGGACUCUGGUGGCUGUGGACUCUGUGCUAAGCAACGCUGACUGUUUCUCAAGUUCCUCUGUACCGUCUGAGUGGACUGUUGUGUUGGGCCGUUUGAGGCAGAAUGGCUCCAACCCGUUUGAGAUGACACUGAAUGUGACAAAUAUCACUCUGAGCAACCUGACUGGGUCCAAUGUUGCCGUGCUGCAUCUAUCAACCAAACCCACCCUGACCAACUACAUCCAACCCAUCUGCUUGGGCAGCGGACGGACGUUUGCCAAUGGCGUGACAUGCUGGGCUGCUGGAUGGAGCUCCGGGCGAGGAGGGGAAGAACAAGUCCUGCAGGAGCUCCAGACCUCAGUGGUUGACUGUGGCAAUGCUUCAACAAGUGCCAAUGACAUUUGUGUGAGCGCUUUGACCCUGGAGCAGGGUGACUCUGGGGGUCCGUUGAUGUGUAACCAAGACGGUUCUUGGUUCCAGGCGGUCGUCUUAACAGUUCAAAACAACUCCACCAGUCAAACACGAGCAAACCCACCGAUGGUCUUCACAAGACUGAGUCGCUUUGAGUCCUUCCUGACUCAGACUCUGGGGACGUUCUUGUCUCCAAACUCAGGCGGGACAAAUGGCACCAACUCCACUACCACUAACAGUGGGGGCACACUCAAUCACUCCCCUUUCUUCUUGUUCUUCCAUUUCCUUUUCCUCUUGUCUUACUCCUCCACCCUCGUCUUCUACUUGAUCCUGAUCUCGAAGCAGAGACAGUUGCAGGACUCGCAUUCGGGAGGCUGGCAGGGUCAUAAAAAAAAGAAGGAGGCAGACUCAAAAGCCUCGGUUGAAGGUCCCAUUGGUGGACAUUUUAUUUACAGUGCUAGACAAAAAGGAGGUCCAUUUGUGAUCAAGCAGAACGAUCGCUGGAUUCAGGCAGGAGUCGUGAGUUUUGGAAAUGGUUGUGCUGAGCCUAACUUCCCAGGAGUCUACACCAGAGUGUCCCAGUACAACUCAUGGAUUAACAGCCAAAUCAGCAGCAACCAGCCGGGCUCCAUCACCUUCACAUCCACUGGGACAAACAGUGACCUGAGUGUCAACUGUACAGGCCUGCCAGCCAUUACAGCCACCACCAUCCGGUUCUCUUUAGUCUGCGGUCGGCCAGCGCUCAACACCAGGAUAGUUGGAGGACAGGCGGCCCCUAUAGGCAGCUGGCCCUGGCAGGCUGAUCUGCACAGCAGUGGACGUCACUUCUGUGGAGGAUCCCUCAUUAACAAUCAAUGGGUGAUGAGCGCUGCUCACUGCUUCUCAAGUUCCUCUACAAGGAACCUGCUUGUGUAUCUGGGUCGUCAGAGUCAAGAGGGAUCCAACCCCAACGAGGUGUCUCGGACGAUAACACAGAUUAUCAAUCAUCCCAACUACAACAGCGUCACUAAUGACAACGACAUCACCCUACUGCGGCUCUCCUCACCGGUGACUUUCACCAACUUCAUAUUACCUGUCUGCUUGGCAGCCACAGACAGCACCUUCUUCGCCGGAGUUAACAGCUGGGUCACCGGGUGGGGCAAUAUUGGAAGUGGAGUUCCCCUUCCUUCCCCACAAAACCUAAUGGAGGUGAACGUCCCAAUUGUGGGAAACAGACAGUGUAACUGCAACUAUGGAGUGGGCUCCAUCACUGACAACAUGGUGUGUGCUGGGUUACGUGAAGGAGGAAGGGACUCCUGCCAGGGAGAUUCAGGAGGUCCACUUGUGAUCAAGCAGAACAAUCUCUGGAUUCAGGCAGGAAUCGUGAGUUUUGGAAUUGGUUGUGCACGGCCUAAUUUCCCAGGAGUCUACACCAGAGUGUCCCAGUACAACUCAUGGAUUAACAGCCAAAUCACCAGCAACCAGCCGGGCUUCAUCUCCUUCAGAUCCACUGGGACAAACAGUGACCUGAGUGUCAACUGUCCAGGCCUGCCACCCAUUACAACCACCACACUCCCUCCAACAACUACGACCACCCUCACUACUAUAACCACCACCCUCUCUCCAACCACUACAACAACCACCAUCGUCCCUCCAACCACUACAACCACCACCACCAUCCCUCCAACCCCCACACCAAGACCGGUGGUCUGUGGAGAAGCCCCCUUGAAUUCUCGUAUUGGUGGUGGAAGCUCGGUGGCAACAGCUGGCGUGUGGCCAUGGAUGGCUAGUUUACAGAAGAAUGGGAGUCAUGUGUGUGGUGGGACUCUGGUGGCUGUGGACUCUGUGCUAAGCAACGCUGACUGUUUCUCAAGUUCCUCUGUACCGUCUGAGUGGACUGUUGUGUUGGGCCGUUUGAGGCAGAAUGGCACCAACCCCUUUGAGAUGACACUGAAUGUGACAAAUAUCACUCUGAGUAACCUGACUGGGUCCAAUGUUGCCGUGCUGCAUCUGUCAACCAAACCCACCCUGACCAACUACAUCCAACCCAUCUGCCUGGACAACAGACGGACGUUUGCUGAGGGCGUGACAUGCUGGGCUGCUGGAUGGAGCUCCGGGCGAGGAGGGGAAGAACAAGUCCUGCAGGAGCUCCAGACCUCAGUGGUCAACUGUAGCAAUGCUUCAACAAGUGCCAGUGACAUUUGUGUGAGCGCUUUGACCCUGGAGCAGGGUGACUCUGGGGGUCCGUUGAUGUGUAAGCAAGACGGUUCUUGGUUCCAGGCGGUCGUCUUAACGGUUGAAAACAACUCCACCAGUCAAACACGAGCAGACCCACCGAUGGUCUUCACAAGACUGAGUCGCUUUGAGUUCUUCCUGACUCAGACUCUGGGGAGGCUCUUGUCUCCAAACUCAGGCAGCAACAACACAAAUGUCAACAACGUCAUCAACGUCACUACCCCAGCCUCCACCAACUCCAUUACCAGUGGGGGCACAACCAAUCAAUCCAUUUUCAUCUUGUUCUUCCAUGUCCUCUUCCUCUUGUCUUGUCUCCAACUAUUCUUAUAGAAACGUCUUUAAAUGAUUUACACAAUGUGAUGAGCACAAAUGAAUAUGAGCAAACCUUAAAUUGAAGAAGCAUUGUUACUUAAAAUUUAUAUCUGCCAUUAGUUGACUUGAUUGUCCCUCUAUCCGUUGACCACUAGCAGCAGAGUUGUGAAACGUAAGAGCCAAAGGGUAGCUGCGUGGUGCUUGUGCAGUUGACUCAACAAAUACCUGUUAAAGCUCAGUCUGUGUGAGGAAGACUGAUUCUUUAUUGUUUUUAACCGUGAAGGACAGUAGGACAGUAGGUCUAACCAUGAGCCCCAUUUGCUACUGCUCUGCUGUAAUGUGCCAACAAGGAAUUAAUUUUAAGGGUGUGGAAAUGAAGAUGGACUCAAAAUUUAGUUAUUAUGAAGAUUUAAAAUCACUAUGAAGACAAAAUAUGUCAAAUCUUUGCACUGUUGAAUGUUCUGUACUUACUGUAAACACAACAUUAUGUUGUUGUGCUAGAAUAUUGCUUAUCAUUAGCUUCUGUCUUUGAUUGUACAAGAUUUCGAGGUUUAGCUUUGCCGCUCAUAUUUGUUCUCAUUGAAGUAAUAUGAAGGACAAACUGAAGUCGCAAAAACUAAGCUAAUCCAUAACUCUAUGAAAUACUUAGUUCAAUGUAGGUAAAUGGUUGCAAUAGUAAACUCGGCUAAGACAGAAAUGAAUGAAAUGGUUAGCUACAAGGAUACUAAAUGAUAAUGGAGUGGGAUAGUUAGCUAAACACAAUCAAAAAGAUAACUUGUUGAAAAAUUAACCAAACAUAUGCCAAUACAGUACAUAUACAGGUAAAAGUAGGCUACUAGAUAAUUGGUCCAAAUAGCUAAAUGUAGUCUGCUAAACAAGUUAUUGAAUAUGAUGGUUAUUUAUUUACAGCAAAUUUAAAAUCUUAUCUUACUUAAGAAUAAGUGCUGUCAAACGAUUACAUUUUUAACCAUAUUAAUCACAGUGUUGAUUAAUUUCCAGGCGGUCGUCUUAACAGUUCAAAACAACUCCACCAGUCAAACAUGAGCAGACACACCGACGGUCUUCACAGGACUGAGUCGCUUUGAGUCCUUCCUGACUGCGACUCUGGGGACGUUCUUGUCUCCAAACUCAGGCGGCACAAAUGGCACCAACUCCACUACCACUAACAGUGGAGGCACACUCAAUCACUCCCCUUUCUUCUUGUUCUUCCAUUUCCUUUUCCUCUUGUCUUGUCUCCAACUCUUCUCAUAAAAGCAUCUUUUAGCCUAUUUACAUGAUGUGUCAAGCACAAAUGAAUGUGAGCAAGCCUUGAAUUGACUUGAUUCUUCCUCAAAGCAUCUAGUCAACCACAAGCAGCAGAGUUGUGCAAUCGGGUUGGAAAGAUUACAUUUUCGUUCAUUUUAUAAGACAUUAAAUCUCCCUGGUACAAUCAUCAGUAGAAAUGCCGAGUGGUCAGCUACAAAUACCAAAGAGCACUGCAGUUGCAACACCCAAUCAUAAAGUUUCGAACGCAGCUUCUGACCCCCGAGACUCCUGGAUAAUGUAGUGAUUAGAGACGUUAUCCAAAAUCCUUAUUGUGAGGUUGGGAACUUACAACAAGUAUUUACUUAAGGUUUUCUUGUCUGAACAUAUUUUUAUUUCAUGCAGCUGUGAGUUCAGCAUAAGUACGUGCACAGGAAAUAAUUGUUUUUUUGUGUGUCUACUGGCUAUUUUAAAUACUCACUGUGCACUUCAAACUUGAUCGGAAUUAUAGUGUAGAGGGUGUUUUUGAUGAAAUUGUACAUGUUAUAUAAGAUUCAGGUUUAUGAACUAUGUGCACGAACACAGGAAGACUAAUUGUUUCAUUUAUGUUUUUCACUGUGAAGGACAGUAACCUUGACACCAUUUUACUGCUGCUCUGCUGUAAUGUGUCAAUAUGAAGGGUGUGAAAUUGUUAAUUAUGAAGUUAUUAUGUCAUUAUGAAGUUUUAAAAUCCCUACAAAUAGAAAAUGUGUCCGAUCUUUGCACUGUUCAUUGUUCCUGUACUUAAAGCACUUACUAAAUUCUAUUUAUUUCUUGUUUCAUUCAUUUUCUGGACAGAGUUAAAUGAGGCCGCGCAGUAUCUUCAUUACCCCACGGUUACAGAAAACGAAUUAAUGCUGUCCUGUAACUUUGACAGCUGGAUGUAAAGAAGGUAUUUUGGAGGUCGGUGACCAGUCUGUCCAUUGUCUACCUCAUUAUCAGAAAACUGCAAUAUAAAUUGGUGUCUGGUGUGAAAAUGCACUUGAUUUUAAAUACAGUAUUUGCUCCUCUGUAAUGGAUGAAUGCUGGUUUUAUGUGAUUUCUUUUUCACAGGGGAAUAAAAAUGUUGUGACAUGAAAGUA